GCCGACUCAGUCCUGAGGCUGGCUGCGGCAUCACGUGACCCGCGGCGCGGCCAAUCCGCGCAGCCCUCUAUGCUAUUCAAAUCGGCGGCGGGGCCAACGGUUGUGCCGAGACUCGCCACUACCCGGGCCGCUGGGCCUGAGUGUCGCCUUCGCCGCCAUGGACGCCACCAGGCGCUGACAGACCUAUGGAGAGUCGGGGUGUGCCUCCCGGGCCUUAUCGGGCCACCAAGCUGUGGAAUGAAGUUACCACAUCUUUUCGAGCAGGAAUGCCUCUAAGAAAACACAGACAGCACUUUAAAAAAUAUGGUAAUUGUUUCACAGCAGGAGAAGCAGUGGAUUGGCUUUAUGACCUAUUAAGAAAUAAUAGCAAUUUUGGUCCUGAAGUUACAAGGCAACAGACUCUCCAACUGUUGAGGAAAUUUCUUAAGAAUCAUAUAAUUGAAGAUAUCAAAGGGAGGUGGGGAUCAGAAAAUGUUGAUGAUAACAACCAGCUCUUCAGAUUUCCUGCAGCUUCGCCACUUAAAACUCCACCACGAAGGCAUCCAGAGUUGCGAAAAAACAACAUAGAGAACUUUUCCAAAGAUAAAGAUAGUAUUUUUAAAUUACGAAACUUAUCUCGUAGAACUCCUAAAAAGCAUGGAUUACAUUUAUCUCAGGAAAAUGCCGAGAAAAUGAAGCAUGAAAUAAUCAAAGAAGAUCAAGAAAAUGCAGCUGAUAAUAGAGAACUAAGCCAGGAAAAUGUUGAAGAAGUUUGGAGAUAUGUUAUUCUGAUCUACCUGCAAACCAUUUUAGGUGUGCCAUCCCUAGAAGAAGUCAUAAAUCCAAAACAAGUAAUUCCCAAAUAUAUAAUGUACAACAUGGCUAAUACAAGUAAACAUGGAGUAGUUAUACUACAAAACAAAUCAGAUGACCUCCCUCACUGGGUAUUAUCUGCCAUGAAGUGCCUAGCAAAUUGGCCAAGAAGCAAUGAUAUGAAUAAUCCAACUUAUGUUGGAUUUGAACGAGAUGUAUUCAGAACAAUCGCAGAUUAUUUUCUAGAUCUCCCUGAACCUCUACUUACUUUUGAAUAUUACGAAUUAUUUGUGAACAUUUUGGUUGUUUGUGGCUACGUCACAGUUUCAGAUAGAUCCAGUGGGAUACAUAAAAUCCAAGAUGAUCCACAGUCUUCAAAAUUCCUUCACUUAAACCAUUUGAAUUCCUUCAAAUCAACUGAGUGCCUUCUUCUCAGUCUGCUUCAUAGAGAAAAAAACAAAGAAGAAUCAGAUUCUACUGAGAGACUACAGAUAAGCAAUCCAGGAUUUCAAGAAAGAUGUGCUAAGAAAACGCAGCUAGUUAAUUUAAGAAACAGAAGAGUGAGUGCUAAUGACAUAAUGGGAGGAAGUUGUCACAAUUUAAUAGGGUUAAGCAGUAUGUAUGAUCUAGCCUCUAACAACAAACCAAGGUGCUGUUCUUUGGAAGGAAUUGUAGAUGUGUCAGGGAAUUCAAGUAAAGAGGCAUCCAGUGUCUUUCAUCAAUCUUUUCUGAACAUAAAAGGACAAAAUAAUAAACUAUUUUUAGAGUCUAAACCUAAACAGGAAUUCCUGUUGAAUCUUCAUUCAGAGGAAAAUACUCAAAAGCCAUUCAGUGCUGGUUUUAAGAGAACCUCUACUUUGACUGUUCAAGACCAAGAGGAGUUGUGUAAUGGGAAAUGCAAGUCAAAAGAGCUUUGUAGGUCUCAGAGUUUGCUUUUAAGAAGUAGUACAAGAAGGAAUAGUUAUAUCAAUACACCAGUGGCUGAAAUUAUCAUGAAACCAAAUGUUGGACAAGGCAGCACAAGUGUGCAAACAGCUAUGGAAGGUGAACUCGGAGAGUCUAGUGCCACAAUCAAUAAAAGACUCUGCAAAAGUACAAUAGAACUUUCAGAAAAUUCUUUACUUCCAGCUUCUUCUAUGUUGACUGGCACACAAAGUUUGCUGCAACCUCAUUUAGAGAGGGUUGCCAUCGAUGCUCUACAGUUAUGUUGUUUGUUACUUCCCCCACCAAAUCGUAGAAAGCUGCAACUUUUAAUGCGUAUGAUUUCCCGAAUGAGUCAAAAUGUUGAUAUGCCCAAACUUCAUGAUACAAUGGGUACAAGAUCACUGAUGAUACAUACCUUUUCUCGAUGUGUGUUAUGCUGUGCUGAAGAAGUGGAUCUUGAUGAGCUUCUUGCUGGAAGAUUAGUUUCUUUCUUAAUGGAUCAUCAUCAGGAAAUUCUUCAAGUACCCUCUUACUUACAGACUGCAGUGGAAAAACAUCUUGACUACUUAAAAAAGGGACAUAUUGAAAAUCCUGGAGAUGGACUAUUUGCUCCUUUGCCAACUUACUCAUACUGUAAGCAGAUUAGUGCUCAAGAGUUUGAUGAGCAAAAAGUUUCUACCUCUCAAGCUGCAAUUGCAGAACUUUUAGAAAAUAUUAUUAAAAACAGGAGUUUACCUCCAAAAGAGAAAAGAAAAAAACUAAAACAGUUUCAGAAGGAAUAUCCCUUGAUAUAUCAGAAAAGAUUUCCUACCACAGAGAGUGAAGCAGCACUUUUUGGUGACAAACCUACAAUCAAGCAACCUAUGCUGAUUUUAAGAAAACCAAAGUUCCGUAGUCUAAGAUACUAACUGAAUUAAAAAUUAUGUAAUACUUGUGGAACUUUGAUAAAUGAAGCCAUAUCUGAGAAUGUAGCUACUCAAAAGGAAGUCUGUCAUUAAUAAGGUAUUUCUAAAUAAACACAUUAUGUAAGGAAGUGCCAAAAUAGUUGUUUAUCAAUGUGAAACUCCUAGUAAACUAACUAGGUCUCAAUUGAGAGCACAUAACAAUAGGUGACACCAAAUACUUUUUGUUUUUAACACAGCUAUCCAAUAAGGCUAUCAUGAUGUGUGCUAAAAUUUUAUUUACUUGAAUUUUGGAAACUGAGCUGUGUUAGGGAUUAAACUAUAAUUCUGUUUUUAAAAGAAAAUUUAUCUGCAUACAUGCAAGUUCUGAAAUAUUAGCUAAUGAAUUAGUUGUUUGGGGUUACUUCUUUGUUUCUAAGUAUAAGAAUGUGAAGAAUAUUUGAAAACUCAAUGAAAUAAUUCUCAGCUGCCAAAUGUUGCACUCUCUUAUAUAUUCUUUUUCUACUUUUGAUCUAUUUAUAUAUGUAUGUAUUUUUAUAAUAUGUGUAUAUUUUAUCAGAUUUGACUUUGCCUUAAAUAUUAUCCCCAACUGCUUCAGUCAUUCAUUUGUUCAAUAUAUAUGUAUAUUUUGAAUUCUCAUUUUCAUAAUCUAUUAGAAGAUGGGGAUAUAAAAGAUGUAUAAGGCAAUCAUAUAUUCAUUCAAAAGAUAUUUAUUUAGCAACUGCUAUGUGCCUUUCAUUGUUCCAGAUAUGCGGAGACAAUGAUAAAUAAAACAUAUAAUCUCUUCCAUAAGGUAUUUAUUUUUUAAUCAAGGGAGAUACACCUAUCAGAUGCUUAAAAUAACAAUACUACCCACUGAAAUCAGAGUGUAUAGAAUCAUUCAGCUAAAGACUGACUUCUAUGAUGAUGGAACAGGUCUUUAAGCUAGUGGUUUUCAAACUGGUACAGCACAUUAGACUCACCCGAGGAGUUUUAAAACAGUCUAUAUGCCCAGGGCCUAACUUAUACUAAUUAAAUCUGAAUUUCAGGGAUGUUGUAUAGGGAUUAGUAUUUUUUUAAUCUAGGUGAUUCCAAUAUUCAGCCAACUGUGAGAAUCAAUGGCCUAAAUGCUUUUCAUAAACAUUUUUAUAAGGGUCAAGAUAAUGGCACAUUGAUUUUGUUUUUUCAUUGGAAGAAAAUGCCUGCCAAGUAUAAAUGACUCUCAUCUUAAAACAAGAUUAUUCAGGUUUCUGUUUGAUUGACUUGGUACAAAAAAGCAAGUUGCCUUCUAUUUUUUACUCUAAGAUUGUUUCAUAUGUAUUCCUUAAGUGUAAAGAAAUAUAUCAUGCCUGGGUUGUAAUAAAAUCUUAAUGUUUAAUGACUAUUCUUAUUUUUCAAUGUAAUUUCAUACUAUUUCUCUAUAAAAUGAUAGUGUUCCAUUUACCAUUAGUGAUUUUUAUUAAAAACCUGGACAGAAAGUUAUAAAUUAUAAGUAUGACUUUAUCCUGGCUAUAAAAUUAUUGUACCAAAUUGAAUUCUUUCUAAGGCAUUUGUAUACUAAAACUUUUAUUGUUUACAGAUAUGUAAAAUGUGGAUUAUGUUGCAAAUUGAGAUUAAAAUUAUUUGGGGUUUAUAACAAUAUAAUUUUGCUUUUGUAUUAUAAACAAAUAUAGAAAUCAUAAAGGCAGGAAACUUUCAUUUGCAUUAAUGUACAUGCAAUAGAGAUUACAAAAUACAUGGUACAAUACUUUAAUAACAUAAACUCUGCCAGUCAGGUUUGAAUCCUACUGUGCUAUUAACUAGCUGGUAAACUCAGGCAAGUUAUUUAAUUUAUCUAAGCCACAGUUUUGUUAUCUAUAAAAUGAAGAUUAUAAUAGUACCUCUCUUAGGAUUGUGAGGAUUAAGUAGGAUAAUGCAUAUAAAGUGUUAGCACAGUGUCUCACAUGGAAUAAGCACUCUAUAAAUAUUAGCUUUUACUAGAAUCACCUAGGAUUAUAGCACUAGAAGAGAUCUUAGCAAAAAUGUGGUCCUUUCUGUUGCUUUGGACAGACAUGAACCAAAACAAAAUUACAAACAAUUGAUGAGUCUUAGUUAAUAAGUUAAUAACUAUCUUUUCCUUAUGAGACAAAGCUUCUGAUUAUGCCUACUCGUUGAAAUUUUUUAAUCUAGUCGAGAGGGAAAAUUUGAUGAGGAAGGAAUGGGUAUCUUCAGAAGAGCUUUGCCUAAGCUGGAGCAUGGAUAGAUUCCAUUCUAACAGAAAGAUUUUUAAGUUCAAAUAUAGAUGAGUUGACUGGUAGAUUUGGUGGUAGUUGCUUUCUCAGGAUAUAAGAAAAUCAACUGCUACAAGUAAAGAGGGGAUGGGAAAGAUGUUGCACAUUUAAAGAGAGAAAGUAUGAAGUCUAAUUGUGGGAAUGCACAGGUUUCACCAGAUCAAAUGAUGUCUGGUUAUUCUGUAAAUUAUACUUCUUAUCCCAGAAAUUACUGCCUCUACCAUCCCUAAUUAGUAUCAUAUAAUGACCCACUCUUCUCACGUUAUCCAAACAGUUAUGUGGCAUUUAGUAAUGGAAUGUACAUGGAAUUUCCCACUGACUUAUCUUUCUGUCCUUGGGAAACUUAAACUCUGAAUCUUCUCAUCUAUAAAAUGUGAAUUAAAGUAUCUACCUGAGUUGUGAUUAUAGUGAAAGAAAGGCAAUAUAUUUAAAUCUUGAAUUGAGCAAGCCCAUGCUCAAUUUUUAUAUCCUUUCCUCUUGCUUUGUAUUGACUUUAAGGUCUCUACUGAUUAAAACUCUUUUGCUAUCAA